CCGAGGUACGUGAUGAUAUGUAUCAAGACCAGGCUGAGACCCCCUCUGCCUUUAAAAAUCAAACUUCUGAAGCAAUCUCCUACUGCAACUUGUCCCCUGACUUGUCGUCGUAGUCACCGUCGUCGAACAUGUCUGACGCUCCCUCACGAAACACCCGCAAAACCAGAUCCGUAUCGCUGCACAUCCCAAAGCAGUGCGAUCCCACGCCGGUACCUCCAUCCCUUGCAAAUUCCCCUCACCUCUCGUCACCGUACAGCGUAUUUCGCCGAAAACCAGCUAUCCUGACGACCCCUUCCCAGGAGGAUGACGAAUGGUUGAGAGACAUGGUGCCAUUAAACAGGGAGCAGGACACUUUUGAUGAAAAGCUUUUGAGUGCGGUGUCGCUGCCAGCCACCUCAGUGCAGAAGCAGUGGGAGUCAUCACGGGAGGAUCCAUCACCAUCAUCUUCAGGGGGCUCUUUAUCUCCUAGACCUUCCUUGCAUCGUUCAUGGUCGACUCCUUCAACACCAUCUAUGGUUGCUAUUGCCGACCAAGACACCCGGCGGCGGGUAUGAGUAGAGCGUCAUCGCGGGUUUACGUAUCAGCGGCCUUCUUUAGUUUCUUUUGGGUCUUAGGUUAUUUUUUAUUGGGUCUUAGGUUUCAUUGGGUUUUAACUUGUCGCGUCCUCAUCUUCCAAUCUUGAUUUACUUUACUUUAAACACUCUUACUAUGUAUUGUACCACAACCAC